AUGGCAUAUUACUUGAAGAAGAUUUUGGCGCCUGUUAUUGAGGAUUUAGCGUCCCAGUUUGCAUUGCCAACAAAAUCUGGUCCUGGAAUUAUCGUGUCGCGUAUAAACGCCAAGAAAAAUCGUGUUUUGAAGAAAGCAGUUGUUGAAGCGAUGGGUAUUCAUCGUGACAGUAUUGUCUUAGAAAUCGGUUAUGGAAGAGGAGAUGGUAUCAAAUUUGUCUUUGACAAAAUAAAGAAUGGAAAUGGUAUGGUUUAUGGCACUGAAAUUUCGCGUUACUUAGAAAGUAUCACUGCUAAUCGUUUCGCUCUCGAAAUUCGUGAAGAAAAAACUAUUCGGUUGGAUCGAGUCGUUGAUCUUCGAUAUUUGCCAUAUCCUAAUGAUUUCUUUGAUGGUAUCUUUCAUGUGGAUUCCUAUUACUUUUGGGGACCACGAUUGAUCGAUAUUCUUAUUGAGAUUCGUCGAGUUCUUAAACCUGGUGGAAGUUUAGUGACUGCUUUGCAGUUAAGUAGAUUGCGGAAAUUGCACAAGUGGAAUAUAAUAAAUGAAAAGCAAUUUAAUCCGGCUUUCUAUUUACUAUCAUUAGAACCGGCUGGUUUUAAAGAUAUUAAAAUGGAAUAUUUUGAACAUCCUAAUUCUAUAUUCGAAAUGAUUAGUACCAGAAAAUGUCUGGAUUCUGAAGAAAUUUCUGAUCCUGAUUUGAAAAUGAAACAACUUGAGAAUUUAAUUAAAACUGAUAUGCUUGCUAUGCGUCUUCUUGAAGAACGACAUCCAGUAUAUGAUCAUCGUGAAAUAUCGGUCAUUGAUUCAGAUACUGACGCGAGAUCGAUGAAAUAA